GGACCACAACCCCCCGCCAUCUUAACUAGUCCUCACGUCCAACCAGGAAGUUCGCGAUCUUUUGGAUCUAUGUCUAGGGACAACUCUCUCAGUCUAACUCCCCUCAAAGAGCGGUCAGGAGUCUCAGAGCAUUGCAUUAUGGAGUCUGACAUCUUAAACAUAGAGGAUAUUGUGAUGGGACGGGCCGUGCCGGACCCCCCUCCUGAAGUUCCCGCACAGAAACCCGCACAGCCAUACAAACCCACCACCUUCAAUGGACCUCCACCAACUUCCGUUCAACCUUAUCAACAUGAAAACCUGCAGUGUUUUCAGUGCUUUAUCACGUUCUGCAACGCCAAAGCCAAGGAGAGGCACAUGAAGAAGAGCCACAGAGAGGAGUACAAACAACAGCUUCAGCAGGGAAACACACUGUUUACAUGUUACGUGUGUGACCGCACAUUUCAGUCAUCAGAGGAACUAACACAACAUCAGCCAACACACAGCAAAGAUGACAAGCCCUUCAAAUGUGUUCACUGCAAGGAGAGCUUUAAGACCUUCUCUGAGCUCACAUCCCACAGAAGACAAAUGUGUCCGGAGAGACAGCUGUUUUGUAAAGAUUGCGACGAAACUUUCCGUAGUCCCGGCCUGCUGCGCGCUCAUCGGUUGACCCAGCACCCUCGCCCAGAUGUGGAGACGGCAGAGCAGCCAGAGGAUUCGACCAAGACCCAUUGCUGUAAGAAGUGCGGUCAGAGCUUUGAGGCUGAAGCCGAGCUCUUAGCACACCAGGAGAAGUACCCCGAAGGUCAACAGUGCAACGGCAGUGCUUCUCCUGUCAAGAAACGUGGAAGACCCGCCAAAGUCGAGGAUCAGGCAAGCAGUGAGAUAAAAGGGAAGCGAAAAAAGAAGGAUGAGUCUAAAGUGCCAGAGGAGGCAGAGAAGGCCAGCAGUACGGCAGAGUCUGCAGCUGCCCCGGCAGAAGAAAAGGGAAAAGCAGGUGUAGCAAAGCGAGGCCGCCCACCUAAAGCAGUGCCAAAAUCUGAAACAGAUGAUAAGAAAAGUUCUGAAGAAGAAAGCCAAGCUCCUGCAAAUGAGAAGAAACCUAAAGCAGACGCCGCUGCCGCUCGUCAACACCCCUGUCCUGACUGUGAACUCGCGUUCCCCGGCUUGGUUCAGCUUCGCGCUCACAAGAAAGAGAAACACGCCCCGCGGAAAGCCCAUCCCUGCGAGGAAUGCGAGGAGAGCUUCGCUCGCCCCGAGCAGCUGGACGCCCACAUGUCCCGGGCCCACGCUGUUGGCCGCUUCUCCUGUCCGACCUGCGGCAAGAGUUUUAGCCGUGAGCGUACCUUAAAAGCUCACCAGAAAAGCCACCCAGAGGAAGAACCCGAAAACCCAAGUACGAAGAGAUAAUUUAGAUGUCGGGUACUUGCAGAAUUUUUUUUUCUCAAUCUUUUAGUAUUGAGCUGUCUCCCCUCUCUUUCUUUAUUUUUUAACUGAAGAGACUUUGUAGUCAAGAUGAUGAUUCUGAAGAAUCCAGUUUUAGCAGGUUGUUGGAUUUUAAGUUGAGUUGGAUCUUUGAAUUUUUGUACAGAUGCCUCUCAUGAAUUGAUUAAUCAUGUGAUAAGCCCAUCUAUUACACCUUCUGUCAUGAAUCGUAGAACAUUUGUAAAAACCUUUUAAACAAUUUAGUUUUUUUUUUGUUUUUUUAGUAUGAAGUGUGUUGUACUUUGUGAUUAAAAACGGAACAGUUCCCCAGAAAACAACAUCGCAAGUCAAUUAGAUGCCUUGUAGAGAUGUUUUGAUUAAAUAGACAGUUUCUUAAAAGAGAUAUGUACAGCUUCUCGGUUAUUUUUACACGUUUGUUUCUUCAUAAAUUAAACGACAGGAAAGCUUCUUGAACAAUGAGGUGAUUCUGAAGUGAUCUUGGCUUUCUGCUUCAUAUCUAAUGUGGAGUUGUUAGCUUGUGGACAGAAAUAGUCCAUUCAAAUUCUGAUU